AUGCCAUCCCUCGCCCCGCCCAUCCCCGCCCCCGCCGCCCCCCCGCCCCAGCCCGAGACACCCGAGGGCAGCGACGAGCGCACGGUCCUUCCAUCACCCAACGGGGCAGACACCGACACGCCCACGCCCACGCCCAAGUCCCCGCUCGAUUCCCCAUCUCCUCCUCCAUCUGCCUCUCCACAUCCACAACAACCCCUCGAGCCGUCCCCGACUACCGCCAAGACGGCAGAGAACAGCGAGGGUAUGCCACAGAGCAAGGGCCCUGCGCCUACAGCCGCUGCAGCUUCAGCUUCAUCAUCCAAACCAUCCCCUGCCCCCACUUCCACUGCCACUUCCAAGCCCACCCCCUCCCCAUCCACCAAGCCCGCCCCACCCGCAUCCAAGCAACCCCCAAACACCACCGCAGGCCAGAAGAAGAAACGCAAGCGGAAGGGUAUCGCCGGCCUCUUACUUUCCUUUGGAUGUUUGUCGGCGGAAGAGUUUGAAGAUGAGCCCAGGGCGCCUUCUUCUUCUGCUGCUGGUGGGCCGAGUAAGACCAAGACGGCAGCCGCUGAAGCUGAAGCUGGGGGGCAGAAGGCCAAGGUGGAUGCGGCGACGAGCGCAGGGUCCCAGCCCGUCGCCAACGGCGCGCCGGACGUCAACAACAAGAAGGACGUAGCCCCUACCGCGGGUAAGGGGCAUCAGACGGAGGGGACGGGUGCGACGUUGGUAGGAGGGGACGGGAAGGAUAAAGAAGUGAUCGUACCCCCUACCGAACCGCAUACUCUCCCAGAAGACGAGACCGCCGGACUGACAAGUUCCGCCGUCCAACCCCCCGGCAGCGGCUCCUCCCUCCUCGGUACCCCCUCCCGCCAAGUAUCCCACCGCGAAUCCAACCCGGACCUCGGCGCCAACACUGCCGAGCAAACGACGACCAGCGGGGGAUACUCGGAUAUCAGCAAUACGGAUGUUGUCGAUGAUACCACAGGCACGGGGGAGAGGGAUGAUGUGGGUGGAGAGGAGUAUUUGGAUUAUGAUGAUGAGGAGGAUCGGUUGAUUGAACAGGGUGGGAUGGGGAUCCCUACUGAUGAGCACGGCACACCUUGCCCCUUAUUACCUCCCCUCGCAGUCAAACACCGCGGCCGGAAAUGUCUCGUCCUCGACCUGGACGAAACCCUCCUCCACUCCAGCUUCAAGCAACUCCCCGCGGCAGACUAUAUCGUCCCUGUCGAGAUUGAGAGCCAGGUGCAUAAUGUCUAUGUCAUCAAGCGGCCGGGCGUGGACCGGUUCUUGACCGAGAUGGCAAAGUAUUAUGAGGUUGUCGUCUUUACCGCCAGUCUCUCCAAAUACGCCGACCCAGUGCUCGACAUGCUCGACCCCACCGGCCUCGUAGCCCACCGCCUCUUCCGCGAAUCCUGCUACAACCACAAAGGCAACUACGUCAAAGACCUCUCCCAGCUCGGGCGCGACAUCCACACCUCCAUCAUCAUCGACAACUCGCCCGCGUCGUACAUUUUCCACCCGAACAAUGCGGUACCGGUCUCGACGUGGUUUAGUGAUCCGCAUGAUAGUGAAUUGACGGAUUUGGUGCCGUUUUUGGCGGAUUUGGCGGGGGUGGACGAUGUUAGGGGGGUUCUUGAUGGGAGGGUGUAA